CAAAUAAUUUAGAGAAAGAGAGAGAAAGAGAGAGAGAAUAUAAAUAAAUAAAAAAAUUAGAGAGAGAGCGAGAGAGAGAAUGGAAGAGAGUGGUGGUGGGAAUUGGUGGGGUGUAGUGGCGAAGCCGUGUGACUCGUGUAAGGUUGCGGCGGCGCUGGUCUUCUGCCGAGUUGACUCGGUGUUUCUGUGUAUGGGAUGUGACGUGGCUCACACGCGGCACGAGCGCGUGUGGAUGUGCGAGGUUUGCGAGCAAGCUCCGGCGAGCGUCACGUGCAAGGCCGACGCGGCGGCGCUGUGUGUCACGUGCGACCGCGAUAUUCACUCCGCCAACCCCCUCUCCCGCCGCCACGAGCGUUUUCCGGUGGUUCCAUUCUUCGACUCCGCCACCGCUUCCGCCGCCUCCUCCGCCACAGUCCUCUUCCCCGCCGCCGCAGACGAAAUCACCGACCACCACCAGCACGAAACCACCGCCGCGGCCGCAACCGCACCUUCGUGGCUGAUUCCUAUCGGAGCCACCCCCAAAGUCGCCGGCAACGAGCCGGAGAUGAAAUCGAUUGAGCUUUUGAUGUCUGAGUCUGAUCAAUUUCUGGAUUUUGACCACCCAAUUUCAAUUAACAGUUCUGGGACUGAUAGUGUAGUCCCAGUUCAAGUUCAACCCACGAAAUCUCUACAAAUGGUGAAUCAUUCAACAGACAACAACUAUCUGGAGAUCGAUUUCUCUAGCUCAAAGCUCAAUUCAUUCAACAACAACAACAACAAUAACAAUAUCUACACAGCUCAAUGUUUUAGCCAAAGCAUGUCUUCGUCGUCCGUGGACGUUGGAAUUGUGCCCGAUGGGAGCUCCAUGUCAGAGAUAUCGUAUCCUUUUGGGAAAAUCGAAGUGGAUGUGGGUGGUUCCGUUUUGCCGAACAAUGGAACGGUCCAGGGAUUGGACCGGGAAGCUAGAGUUUUGAGGUACAGAGAGAAGAGAAAGAACAGAAAGUUUGAGAAGACUAUCCGAUACGCGUCGAGAAAAGCCUACGCCGAGACUAGGCCUAGGAUCAAAGGCCGGUUCGCAAAGCGGACAGACGCUGAACCGGAGGUGGAUGUGAUGAACCGGAUGUUCAGCUCCGGUUCAUCCGCUUUCAUGGCGGACACAAUCGGAUACGGCGUCGUUCCGUCAUUUUAACCAAACACUUCCACAAUUAUGUUUCGCAAACUGUGAUUUUUAAUUUUCAAAGUCAAAUAAUCGAACGGCUAUCAACGUUUCUGUAUAAUUUUUAGCUUUUUUUUUUGUUUUCUGGUUUUGAUCGAUGGAAUCGUGGCCAUCGAUUUGUAGAGCAUGAUAGAGUGCUUACACAUGUGAAAGCUUUUUCAUGCUCAAAAAGCCCAACUACUUUUUGUUGAAGGGCUUCUUGUGAUCCUCUGAAAGUCAACUGUUUCACUUUUUUUAAUGAUAGAUCUAUUUCUGAAUU